AUGAACAGUCAGCAGUACAUCUUGGAACCAGAAGUCUUGCCUCUUACAGACCAUUCCUGGAACUACCAUGACCAACUAGUAUCAGUUCUUCCUUGGCCUGCAUGGUUGUCCAAUUUAUUCUCCAUCAAAUUUGUGAGAUAUGAUUGCUCAAAAAUUGGCUCAAAAAUCACCUUAUUUCAUCACAUGCAGUUUACAACUGCUGAAUUGUGGAUGUAUAUUGAAUCUGCAUGGAAUGAUAUUCCACAAACAUCCAUCCAGAAUCUUAUUUGCUGUGUGCAAUCAGUUACAACCACUAAAGGUGGACAAAAUACUGAAUUUAGCAUGUUACUUUUCAAUUAUAGAUCUGAAAUUAGUAAUGUUGAGACAGUGGGGUAUGCUGUUGUGUUGAUUGAAGGACAUUUUGCUGGUUAUAGAUGGCUUCAAAUAUUUUCAACUUGGUGGGGUAAGGCAAAUUGGACAUUUUUAGAUCCCAAUUGCAAAUCAUUACCUUGGGGCAGUCCAAGCAAGAAUACUUUUGAUGCCCAAAGCAUUGUUGGAUUAAUUAUAUGGUUUGCUUGUGUUCUUUAUUCAAGUAUUCGCACAUCUAGUAAUAGUCAAGUAAGAAAAAUCACAAUGGCUGAAAAUAUUUUGGUCAAGGAUAAUGGAAGUCAAAAUGGAUCAACACCUCUGGUUGAUGAGGAAGAAGGAAAAUCAGGUGAUGAAGAGAAAGGACGUGUUUGGGAUAAUGAAGAUGAUGCAGUAGUUUACAGUUGGUCUUUCUUUCAUUUUAUGUUUGCCCUGGCUUCACUCUAUGUUAUGAUGACAUUGACCAAUUGGUAUAAACCAUCAGCCCACAAUGUGACUGCUGAAGCCAACAUUGAUAACUUUUAUCCACCCAUGUGGAUUAAAAUAGUCUCCAGCUGGAUUUGUAUCAUAUUAUACGCAUGGACUUUGAUUGCACCUAUUGUGUUGCCUGAUCGUGAUUUCAGUUAAGAAGGUUUAUAAAAAAAAUUUCAAUGUUGUAAAAUGUUAUUCAGAUUUAAAUUACUUUAACUAUAUUGCAUACUAUAAGUAAAUAUUAACUAAGUCUUGUUUUUAUUGAACAGUGUACAGAUCCUUUUCUUAUAGAUAAGACUUUAAUGUUAAAGUUCUUAUUACGAAUUAUUUCAUAUAAUAGACAAAAUAUGUAUCGUAAAGUAAAAAUCUGUCCAGAUUUUGGUGUUUGUAAUUAUUGUAAUAUAAAAUGUCACUGUGAAAACUAAGAUGUCUGUUAACUAUUAAAUGUUCAUUAAGUAACAAUGUUUUCCAUUAUGAUAAUAUAGUACUAUAAUAAUUUGUUUGAUAAAAACUAUAAAACAGUUAAGUAUUGUAAGAUAGUGCAUAAAUGUAAUAUGCUACACAGCUAGUGAUUUACCUAUAAUCUAAUUCUGUUAUUUUUUUUAAUUAAAUUGUUGAGCAAGUGAAUAAAAUAAUAGUUUUUAAACAAUAAAAUUUCUAAAAGAUAUUUAAUGAUAGAACAAAAUUAGAAUGAUUCACAUAUAUUGACAUUGCACAUUUUUCUCAUUUGAUUUUAACAGCAAAUUCACACGAAUGCAAAUGUUUUCUGACAUCUCUAAGUGAUCUCUUUUCUGCUUAUGUUUAUUGAAUUCAGGAGAGAGGAUUAUUAUAAAAGUUAUUUGUUAGAAAACAUUUUUUUUCAAAACUUGACUAAGUGAAAAAGCAAAAAUUCUUUAAAUAUUUUAGUGAAAUUUUGUAAUGCAAAAAUCACUAAAAUAUUUGCAUCACAAAAUUUCACUAAAAUAUUUAAAUUGAAUCAGUUACCAGUUUUCAAGGAGGAAAAACUGAUAGCUAAAUGCUACCAUGUAUUAUUCUAGUGUAAGGAAAAAAUCAUUUAGGCCUUAGUUGUAAAUUUGUGAGAAACUCUAUUACAAAAUUUCUAGAGUUAUUAAAUACAUGAAAAAUUCACAAUAAAAGUAAUUUUUUUUACAUGAUUUAAAUUUUAAAAUCAAAUUAACAAGCAAGAAUUAAGUAAAUUAAGCUAAAAGAUAUUGUCAUUAAUUAUAUUUUGUCGUGUGGUAUUUAUUACAAAAUAUAUUUGUCAAUAUAUUAUAUAAUCUAAAACUUCAAAACACAACUCCAUUAUACAUAAUUUUUAAUUAAACUGAAAUGUAAUUGUUAUAGAACUAGAUAUAAGGUAAAUUACUAUAUAAAAAGUGCUUGUUGCAUUAAAAAUUAAACUUGAAGUUCUAGAAUCUAGAAUGCUCAAUAUUCAUAUUAGAUAAAACUAUUGUCUGUUCUUGUGAUAUUAAGUGAUUAUAUUUUAAGCAAUGCAAAUUCUGUAAACUUUAUAAUUUGAUUUAUAUAACUUAAAACACGUUUUUGUAUUUAUGCCUAUAAAAGAAAAUAAAAUUGAUAAAUUAG